UGACGGUCGGUACUGUUAAUCUAAUAUUUUAUGAAUUAUUUUAAAAUGUGCGACUAUUAGUCAUUUGUUAAGUUUUAGCCAGAAAAAAAGUAUGGUAGUAACUAUAUCUACAUCCUGGAAGUAUUAAGGCAAGAAUUAAAAAUGCCUAAGGAACAAUAUCGUGAAACAUACGUCGGCAGAAAGAUCUCCCAUGUUACGUUUAAUGUGGACAGUGCCUCAGCUAUCCAACAAGCAGCACACAUCCAAGUCAUUACCAAGAAUUUGUAUGCUCAGGACACACAGAGGGUACCAGCAAGCUAUGGAGUACUUGAUCGAAGAAUGGGAACCAAUCAAAAAGAUGCUAACUGUGAAACCUGCGGUCUCGGCUUAGCCGAAUGUGUGGGGCAUUAUGGCUACAUAGAUUUAGCCUUGCCUGUUUUUCAUGUUGGCUACUUUCGAUCUAUAAUAACAAUACUUCAAACAAUAUGCAAGAAUUGCGCAAAAGUAAUGCUACAAGAAUCAUUAAAAAAAUCUUUCCGUCGAAAAUUCACACAUCCGGAACUGUCAUACUUACAUAAGAAAAAUCUCCGAGCAGCUGUUCUUAAGAAGGCAAAGACAUGCACCAAGUGUCCUCACUGCGACUCCCUGAACGGUAUCGUCAAGAAGAGUCCAGCUGGUAUUUUGAAGAUUAUCCAUGACAAAUACAGGAAUAAGAAAAUUUCGGAUCCUAUUGUCCAAAGAGUGCUGAGGGAUUUCAACGAGGCCAAGGAAACAAACAAGGAGUUGGCGACAAUGAUUAAUAGUGGACUGAUUAUUGAGCUUAGUCCACUAGAGGUGAUUAACUUGUUCCGCCGUAUUCCCGAUGAAGAUAUCCCACUACUGGGCAUGGAUGUUAAGACUUCCAGACCAGAAGAUUUGAUAUUAACACGUUUACCUGUCCCGCCGCUCUGUAUCAGGCCGAGUGUCGCUUCUGAUAUCAAAGCUGGCACUAACGAGGAUGACCUGACGAUGAAGCAAUCAGAAAUCUUGCUGAUCAAUGACGUAAUAUCCCGUCACGUGGCCAGCGGGGGCAAGAGCGAGCUGGUGCAAGAGGACUGGGACUACUUACAGCUGCACGUGGCGCUCUAUAUCAACAGCGAAAUGUCUGGCAUACCACUUUCUAUGCAGCCGAAGAAACCAGGUCGAGGUUUGGUGCAGCGCUUGAAAGGCAAGCAGGGUCGUUUCCGCGGGAACUUGUCCGGAAAGCGUGUAGACUUCUCCAGUCGAACUGUCAUCUCGCCCGACCCCAACCUUCAGAUCCAAGAGGUCGGUGUUCCGGUACAUGUAGCCAAGAUCCUCACUUACCCGGAGCGGGUAUUUCCCGCAAAUCUGCAGUGGCUUCGGAAGCUAGUGUGCAACGGGCCUGACGUGCAUCCUGGAGCGAACUACGUGCAGCAACGAGGAGUUAAUCACAAGAAGUAUCUCAAGUACGGCAACAGGGAGAAGAUCGCGCAGGAGUUAAAGUGCGGCGACACGGUGGAGCGGCACCUGGUGGACGGCGACGUGGUGCUGUUCAACCGGCAGCCCUCGCUGCACAAGCUGUCCAUCAUGUGCCACCGCGCGCGCGUGCAGCCGCAGCGCACCUUCCGGUUCAACGAGUGCGUGUGUACACCCUACAAUGCGGAUUUCGAUGGUGACGAAAUGAAUAUGCAUCUGCCGCAAACUGAGGAGGCGAGGGCUGAGGCGCUUAUACUCAUGGGGAACAAAUCUAAUCUCGUCACACCUCGAAAUGGAGAACUCCUGAUCGCUGCGACCCAGGAUUUCAUCACCGGCGGGUAUCUUAUCACCCAGCGGGACACGUUCUUCACGAAGGCGGAAGCGCAGCAACUCGCGAGCUGCCUGCUGGCCGGACCCGACAGCACCAUGAGGAUCGACAUGCCACCACCAGCUAUUCUCAAGCCGAGGAAGCUUUGGACUGGAAAACAAAUAUUUAGUUUGAUAAUGAAGCCGAACGAUCGCUGCGAAGUGAAAGCUAACCUGGAGACGAAGGGCAAGAACUACACCGGCAACAAGGACAUGUGCGUGCAAGACUCGUAUGUGAUAAUAAGGAACUCUGAGCUGAUCUGUGGCUCGAUGGAUAAGAGUACCCUGGGCUCCGGCACGAAGACCAGCAUUUUCUAUAUCCUGCUGCGCGACUGGGGCGAGGAGUUCGCAGUGCGCGGCAUGUGGAGGUUAGCACGAAUGGCAUCUUACUACAUGAUGAACAGGGGCUUCAGUUUCGGUAUUAUAGACGUGACUCCGGGGAAGAAACUUAUAGAGGCUAAGAAUAAGCUGUUGGAAUCUGGGUAUUCCAAGUGCGACGGCUAUAUCCUGGAGAUGGAGAAGGGCACGUUGCAAUCACAGCCGGGCUGUACAAUGGAGGAGACCCUGGAAGCGGUGAUGCUCAGCGAGUUGAGCAGCAUAAGAGAGUUGGCGGCCAAGGCGUGUUUCCGUGAACUUCACCCCACCAACGCUCCUCUUAUAAUGGCACAGAGUGGAUCUAAGGGAUCGAAUAUCAACAUAUCGCAGAUGAUCGCCUGCGUCGGUCAACAGGCGCUCAACGGCAAGCGGGUGCCCAACGGAUUCGAAGACAGAUCGCUCCCGCAUUUCGAGAGGCAUUCAAAGAUCCCGGCGGCGAGAGGAUUCGUCGAGAACAGCUUCUAUUCCGGCCUGACACCCACAGAGUUCUUCUUUCACACGAUGGGAGGUCGCGAGGGUCUCGUAGACACCGCCGUGAAGACCGCGGAGACGGGCUACCUGCAGAGGAGACUUGUUAAGUCGCUGGAGGACCUGGUGCUGCACUACGACAUGACGGUGCGCAACGCGACGGGCGAGGUGGUGCAGUUCCGCUACGGCAGCGACGGGCUGGACCCCAGCUACAUGGAGGGCCGCGACCGCCCCGUGGACCUGGCGCGCGUGCUGCAGCACGUGCGCGCGCGCUGCCGCACAGGCGAGGAGGAACCGCUCGAUGGCGAUGGGAUCGUAGUAGCAGCCGAGGAGACCCUCGCUCUGGACGACUUCAAGACCUGCCCUGAUGAGUUCAAGGCUGAAUUGCUAAACUUCCUGAAGACGAUAGCAAAUAAGGUCCGCAUCUUGCGGUCGAAGUACGCGGCGUGCGGGGACGUCGCGCGCCAGCUGGAGCGCCUCACGCUCACGCAGCUCGUGCAGUUCAUCCGCGUGUGCCACGACAAGUACCAGCGGAGCAUCAUCGAGCCCGGCACCGCCGUCGGCGCGCUCGCCGCGCAGAGUAUAGGAGAGCCUGGUACCCAAAUGACACUGAAGACGUUCCACUUCGCCGGCGUCGCGUCCAUGAACAUCACCCAGGGCGUGCCGCGGGUGAAGGAGAUCAUCAACGCGUCUCGCGUCAUCUCCACGCCCAUCAUCACCGCGGAGCUGCUGGAGCCGCUCGACCAGGAGUUCGCGAGGCGGGUCAAGGGCCGCAUCGAGAAAACUACUUUGGGAGAAAUAACGACGUACAUAGACGAAGUGUACCUCCCGCACGAGUGCUUCCUCCUCAUACGACUCGACGCGGAGCGCAUCAGACUGCUGUGUCUAGAAGUUAACGUUCAUUCCAUUGUUUAUUCGAUAUGCACGUCAAAAUUAAAAGUGAAACCAGGGAACGUGCAACCCGUCUCCGAGUGGGCCAUCAAGGUGUACGCAGAGGCGAGCAAACACGGCGGCUGGCUCAACAUGGCCAUGCAGCAGCUCGCCAGGCAGCUGCCUUCUGUUGUGGUCAAAGGCCUGCCUAGGGUCUCGCGUGCGGUCAUCGCCUGUGACGACACGGACUCCAUCACCAGGUAUAAGCUGUGCGUAGAAGGAGACGGAUUGAGAGACGUCAUCGCAACGUACGGCGUCGAGGGGAGGAAGACGACGUCCAACAAUAUCUUAGAGGUGUACCACACGCUGGGCAUCGAGGCGGCGGCGUCGACCAUCAUGAGCGAGAUCGAGGCGGUGAUGGCGGGCCACGGCAUGGCGGUGGACCGGCGCCACGUGGCGCUGCUGGCGGCCCAGAUGUGCGCGCGCGGGGAGGUGCUGGGCAUCACGCGCUACGGCCUCGCGCGCAUGAAGGAGUCCGUGCUCAACCUGGCCAGCUUCGAGAAGACGUCGGACCACCUGUUCGACGCGGCGUACUACGGGCAGCGGGACCGCAUCGAGGGCGUGUCGGAGUGCAUCAUCCUGGGCGUGCCGGCCGGCAUCGGCACCGGCGUGCUGCAGCUGCUGCACGCGCACGAGCCCGCGCACGCGCACGCACACGCACACGCGCCCACGCUGCUCUUCGACAACCCCGAAUACCACCCCUCCAUAUGGGAGUAGAGAUACUAAUAUUACGAAUUAAACUA